AGCCGACCCUUUCCUCAACCUCACGCGUAAAAGCUCCUCGCCGCUUCCCAUUAAUCUGUUUCGCCAGCGUACCGUGCUUCCUUUCUAAAGUACGAGUGUGUGAGUGUUUCACGUCAAAAAAUAUUGCUUCACCUUCAAAAAAAGAAUAAGAUAACGUAUUAAACAUGUUCGAGAGCAAUUUGCUGUCGCAGAUCAACAUCGCCUCGCCGCUGCCGACGGCGAUCGAGGUGCAGCUCACCACCAGCAUCAACGCCUCACUUUACAAGGCCUUCCAAUUCGGUCACACCCUCCUCGCGGAGAAGAGCGACUGGGCGCUCAGCUUGCUGCCGUGGAACGAUGAGAUUUACAUGGGCGUCUCCGCCGUGCUGGAGCGCCUCCUCCUCGAGCACGCGGACACCACCUUUACAGAAAUGAUCUUUGCGCUACGCCGCGCAGAGCUCGACGGUCCCCUCGCCGCCGCCCCCUCACUGGCUUCAUCUUCCGGGAACGGCAACGGCGUUGCACCCGGCGCACGGGGGCGCUACCUGCGAUGGCUCCUGCUCGGCCCGCCGCCGGUACCGACCCCCGAGGAGCGGGCGAUGAACUUCGUGAACAACGGCGCGUCCUCGCAGCUGCGCGUGAGUGCGGAGGCGGCGCUGCCCCCGUCUCCUCUUCCCCCCUCCUCCACCGCGCCGAUUCUGCCGGACGCGACGACACCGGCGCAGCUCAUUGACGCCGUAAUGACAGACGCCAAAGCAGGUUUUGCCGGCGACGCCGACGCUGCCGCGCUGGCCCAGCUGAACUCCGCAGAGCUGCUGAAGGCGGAGCACGCCCCCUACGGCUACCUCCGCUUCAAGCCGCUGAGCCGGAGUAACAAGAUCGCCUCUCUCUUCCUCUUGACGGUGAUGCCGUACAUGGAGCGCAAGGCGGAGCAGUGGUACGCGCGUAACACCGACUCCUCCGUCGACGCCAUUGCCAUGCGCGACGCCUACGCCUAUCGCUACCCGCAUCGUGCCGCGCUGCUGCGCUUCUUGGCCCGCUACGUCUACCCUGUGUAUCACGUCAUGAAGCACGGCUCGCGCUUUGCGUACCUGGUCUUCUACCUCCUCGAGAUGACGCCCUUCACGUCUCCGCUGCACCGCAUUUUUGGCAUUGCGCUGCGCCGCUCAACCAACGAGGACGCCCUCAACACCAGCCCGCGUGCACGCCGAGCGCUGCUCAUCGCGCGGGUGGUGCUCAUUUUAAUCUUCUGCAGCUUCCGCCUGCUCGACUUCACCCGCAACGCGGAGACGGCCGGUACGGUGGGAGCGAUGGGCGACACCGCGCUGCCGAUUCCGCCGCCGCCGCUGCUCGGGGCGGAUGUACCGCUGCCGGAGGACCGAAGCGGGCUGCCCAAGGCCGGCGAGUGCCCCGUCUGCCACAAGCGGGUGACGAAUGCAGCGGUGUGCCUCGUGAGCGGCAUCGUGGGCUGCUACCCGUGUCUGCAGGGCUACGUGCGGGAGCACCAGGCGUGCCCGGUGACGCAGCAGUCGAUGAGUGUCGAGCAGAUUCGCCGCAUCUUUGAGUGUUAG